AUGGAAACUGCCGCCGCUGGCUCGCGCCGCCCGCCGGCCCUCCGCCUCCUCUGCCCUAAGAAGUCCGUUCUCUCCUCCCCCUUCCCAUCCCUCCUCUGGCUCGUCGGCUCCCCUCGCUUCCUCCAGCCCGUCACCGUCGCUGCCGCCCUCCGCUGCCUCCGCUUCCUGUCUGACGACGGCCCGUUCUCCCCCGAUCUUCCCCACGAAGCAGACGAAAUCCGUGGAUUACUCGUGAGGGGGUUCGACAUCGUGGGGGGCCUGUUCGUCGGGAGCGCGAAUUUCGAGUCAGAUGCCGGCAGAGCGCUGGAACUGGCCGGGGAGCUGAGGGAGCGGCUGUUCGGCGAAAGGGCGAGCCAUGGCAUGGUUGGUGGCUGCGUGGAUGCGUCCACCGGGGACAUUCGGUUUCUUGUUUCGGAGAGUGGCGGGUCAGAAGUUGUGGAAGGGCAGGAGGUGCUGUGGGGGGAUGAGCCGGGGAGGUCGCUGCUGGAGAAGGGCUGCCUUCUGCGCUGCGAGCUGCAGCUGCAGCUGCCACUCUAUCUUCCUUCGGAUGAGACGAUGUCUGGCAUUGAAGCGAGGUUUUCUUCACUCAUUGAAUCUACAGCUGCUAACCUCAGAAGUCCUCAUGUUUCUUACCUAGUUGAAGGCCCGACUGCAACAUUUGACGAAUCACACCAUUCAGUUAUCUUACAUGGCAAUAAUUUGAAUUCUGUUUCCCAACUACCCAUCAACACAAACACAAACAAGUGCAGUGCCAAAAUUGUAUCCUGUUCAGAAUUCUUACCGACAAAGAGGCAUGACCUCUCCUCAAUAAGGGAGAAUGCAGAUGCAAUUCAGAUAACUGUCCUAUCCAAUCAAUCAUUGAACAUCUCAAAGGCUGGCUCCCCUGCCCCUAUGUUAAAGUACUUUCCAGCACCAGCACCAGCACCAGCUAGCCUGAGAGUAAUCGACCUGAAGCUAGAUAUAUUAUGCUACAGUUCUAUGGAUCUUCCUGUAGCCGUUGCUGUAUCUGAGCUAGUUAUUCCGGGAUUAGCUGAUCAGCUAAGCAUUAUGAAGAAGGCUAUCGUCUCAGAGCUCUUAACUCAACAGCCUAAGCUUUGUCCGUACCAUUUUAUUCCUCCUGGGUUGCUUAUUCCUCUAACAGCUAUAUACGACACAAGAUACGGGGAGAUUGAGGAAAAGCAGAGUGAACUGAGAAGAAAUCUGCACUUCAGGCUUGGUCUGCCCUUGGAUCGUCCUUUAUUACGGACUUCUAAUGCACUAACUUUUGGUGCCAUGGAAAGGCGAGAUAGAAGCUCAUCUAAAAGUGGUUCCUCAUUGCUUCGAGAUGUCCACAAAGAAAUUCCAUCUAGUGGUGUAUCUGGAGGAAUCAUGUCAUUGAUUGAGGGUUCAUAUGAGUAUUACCAUUACCUACAUGAUGGUAUCGAUGACAAUGGAUGGGGAUGUGCUUACCGUUCUCUACAAACAAUCAUGUCUUGGUACAGGCUACAACAGUAUUCGUCUAUAAAUGUUCCUUCACACAGGGAGAUCCAGCAAGUUCUUGUUGAAAUUGGUGAUAAGGAUCCAUCAUUUAUUGGAUCUCGGGAAUGGAUUGGAGCGAUAGAAUUAAGCUUUGUGCUUGACAAACUUCUUGGUGCUAGUUGCAAGAUAAUUAACGUGAGAUCUGGUGAUGAGCUUCCUGAGAAAUGCAGAGAACUUGCGAUACAUUUUGAAACCCAGGGAACUCCUGUAAUGAUUGGUGGUGGAGUUUUGGCUUAUACCCUUCUGGGAGUUGAUUACAACGAAGCCAGCGGUGAUUGUGCUUUUCUCAUCCUUGAUCCACACUACACUGGUAGUGAUGACCUCAAGAAGAUUGUUAAUGGUGGGUGGUGCGCGUGGAAGAAGUCUGUCGACAGCAAGGGUCGGAGCUUCUUCUUGAAGGACAAGUUCUACAACCUCCUUCUGCCCCAAAGGCCCAAUAUGGUGUGA